UCAGCAGAGAAACUGGAGAGAUACUAACAGAAUGGAAUGUGUUAGUUUAUGGAUUAAAAAAAAUAAGUCAGUGUGUUUUUGCCCCCUCUCUCUCCCUUUCUCUCUGUCUCUUCAGUCAAUGUAAUUAUGAUCUAAAAAAGAGUUGAUUAUAGAUUUUAGCCCACUGAUUCUCAACAAAAAAAUCAGAGGUUUACUAUCCCAUUAAAUUUGUUUCAGUUCUGCCUCUUUCCAACAGGUAUUGGAAGCUGCAGCAAACAUCACAACAUUGCAGAAAGAUAAUAGCAUAGAAAAGUCAAAAUCUUGGAUAAGAGGAUGUAGUAAUAUGAUAACCAUAGGAACUUAGUGGAAUUCUGUGAAUGAGUAAGAAAUUAACUGUAGGCUUCCCAACAGUUACGGCAAGAGACAGUUGACAUAGUUGUAGUUAGCAGAAAGGAGGAAGUGUGUAGUGAUUACUCAGGGAUGACGAGAACCUUCUGCCACGGACCUUAGAGGGGAUGUUAUGUGUUAUGAUAGCAGCACCCUUGACUACAGCUGCACAACAAAUACCAAAGUGGUUUCAGUAUCACAAUUCCUGUGGCAGGAGACAUAACGUGAAAACCAAACGUGGUGAGGUUGACCUAAGAUGCUGAAUUUGAGCUUUAUAGCGUGCAGUGUUCCCUUUGUUUUUAUCAUCCCUCACUUUUUUCUUUUUUUUUAGAGCUUUCUUAGAGUUGCAGUUUCGAUGAAUCAGUUCUCUUUUUAACCUACGACAUCAUUUUGUUUCCCCCGCUCCCCAAUUAGCUGUUUGCUAACAGACAAAUUUAGAACUUAUUUUCAGUUGCUUGGCAUCUUUCGAAGGCCUGAGAUCUGCCUUGUCCUGUUUUGGCUUUUGUUUUGCCCUGUUUUGCCCUAAAAUGACACUGGUUGGUGGAGGCUGACAGACUGUAGUUCCACUGAAAGGGGAUAAGACCAGGCUCAUGUGUGUUGGUGUUAGCGACCGUUGGCAAGAACACUUCGCCUCCAGCGACCGUGUAAUGAUAGAUCCGUACUACUUAGAAUAUUAUGGUGUCAGAAGCAAAAUCAGUAAAGGCUUGGAGGAUUUAAAAGAUGUUAGACCAGUAGGAGAGACAUAUAUCCAUGAAGGACUAAAGCUAGCAAAUGAACAAAUUCAGAAAGCAGGAGGCUUAAAAACCUCCAGUAUCAUAAUUGCACUGACAGAUGGAAAGUUGGACGGUCUGGUGCCGUCAUAUGCAGAGAAAGAGGCAAAGAUAUCCAGGUCAUUUGGGGCUAGAGUUUACUGUGUUGGUGUUCUUGACUUUGAACAAGCGCAGCUGGAAAGAAUUGCCGAUUCCAAUGAUCAAGUUUUCCCUGUGAAAGGUGGAUUUCAAGCCCUUAAAGGAAUAAUUAAUUCUAUACUCGAUCGGUCAUGCACCGAAAUUCUGGAAUUGCGGCCUUCAAGUGUCUGUGUGGGGGAUGAAUUUCAGAUUGUUUUGUCCGGAAGAGGAUUCAACUUGGGCAGUCGGGAUGGAAGCGUUCUCUGCACCUACACUGUAAAUGAGACGCACACACAGAGUGUUAAUCCAGUAAGUGUGGACCUUAAUUCUAUGCUUUGUCCUGCACCUGCCCUGAAUAAAGUGGGAGAAACUCUUGAUGUUUCAGUGAGCUUUAAUGGAGGAAAAUCUGUCAUCUCAAGCUCACUAAUAGUCACAGCCACAGAAUGUUCUAGUGGGACGGCUGCCAUCAUUGCUAUUCUGGUGUUACUGCUACUACUGGGCAUUGGUUUGAUGUGGUGGUUUUGGCCCCUUUGCUGCAAAGUGGUUAUCAAGGAUCCUCCUCGACCACCACCUCCUGCACCAAAAGAGGAGGAACAGGAACCUCUGCCUACCAAGAAAUGGCCCACCGUGGACGCCUCUUACUAUGGUGGUCGAGGGGUCGGAGGAAUUAAAAGAAUGGAGGUUCGUUGGGGGGAUAAAGGAUCUACUGAGGAAGGUGCGAGGCUAGAGAAAGCCAAGAACGCUGUGGUGAAGAUUCCCGAAGAAGUGGAGGAACCUGUCAGGCCGAGACCGCCUCGGCCCAAACCCACAUACCAGGCUCCUCAGACGAAGUGGUACACGCCAAUUAAGGGUCGUCUGGACGCGCUCUGGGCGCUGCUGAGACAGCAGUACGACCGGGUUUCCCUGAUGCGGCCUCAGGAAGGCGACGAGGGCCGGUGCAUAAACUUCUCCCGAGUUCCAUCCCAGUAAAAGGAAAGCAGGAAGACCAAAGAAGAUAUGAAGAUGCAUCUUACGCUGCUGGUAUCCAACCAAAUGAAAAAGAAAAAAAAGGGAAUUUCAGAAGUUUUUGGAAGAACAGCUUUCUUCCUUUCCGUCAGGAAAUGUUUUCUCUGCCUUCUGCUUUGCUCGCACCAAACAUUUUUAAAUACUCGUUCUGCCAUCUACAUGAGAGUUGGUGAAACCCACUGGUAACUCAUGAUUCAUGACAUUGAACAUAAAGACUCACGUUAGUCUACCUGCUAUGGUUUAUACAAGAAAGUUCGUUGGAAUGUGGAGAGGAGGAAAAAGCAAAAACAACAGCAUGAAGAUAUCAAAACAGGGACCACAGAACAACGGGCCAUGACGGGUCUGCCAUGGAGAGAGGAGUGCUUUACAUGGAGACAUGGCACUUGCAUUUUUACAUCGCAAGAUUGUCCGCCACAGGCGGAGUAUGAAAUUUCCCACCAAGCCAAGCAGAUACGGGAGUCAGUUGCCUUAUAGCUAUGUCAGAUCACAAAAUCCUCCCCGGUCCCCUAUCACACUGUGCCUUACGGGAAGCUUCUGACUGGAAAAUCUUGUCAUUCUAACACUGAAAAGUGCACACGCAUGACAAAAUGUAGACAGGAUGCCUCAAGGUAUUGGUAGCAAGCAAGAUUUUGCCCUUUAGUUGUUGAAGACACCUUUCUUCAUUAUGCACUCGGGAAAAGAAGAAAAUUAAUAGAGCGUUAUUACACAGGAAGACAGCCUCUAACCAGAGGUCUUGAGUGGAGUUUAAGGGACUUGUGCUUCGAGAACUCGUCCCCGGGAGUGGGGAUUUACCCCACUCUCUAUGUUUAGAGUGUAGUAGCGCAUAAAGCAUUAAUAUCUGUAAACACACCGGUAGUUUGUUUUGCUUUAAUUUAAAGGAAGCGGUAACCACAAAGCUUCCGCUCAGGGUUUUUCCUUCCUCCAAGUCUCCAAGGGCUCUUCAGCGUCACAAGCCAGCAACUCUCUUUGCAUGAAAAUUUCAAAGUUUAAUUAAUAUAAUUAAAGGCAACAGCAAGCAGCAGCCUGUGAAGAUUUUGCUCAUCUUUUUUAUGCCUUUUGACAUUGAAUGACCUAUUACUGUGUGCGCAUUACUUGGAUCUUGAGGGGCACUCUACCUUGGUUAUGAGUCAGUAGAGAAAAAAAGACCUCCUCUCCUCAAUUUAUACAUUAAAUUUUCAGGAGGGCCGGCCACCACAAAACAUCGAAAUGUAUGUAUUAUAAUUUCUUAGAAAAGCCACCAUCGUGUCACGUCGACGAUGCCAGGUUAUGCUAGCGUGAGCGGAAACACUGGGGGGCAGGAAGCAGGCAGCCGCUGAAGAAGAAAGCUCAAAUGAUCUAGUCACUUUCGAUACUGUACUUCAGAUGCGAAAUGGAUAUUCGACUCGAAACCUGACAAAACCCGCCUGCUGUGAUGUGAACUGGUAUAGACAGUGACCAGCGGCUGGGUCAGUGGGAUGUCUCCCUGCGAGCACACAGGCUUAUCAAGUGACACUAAAAAUAAGUUCAGCAACCAUCACGUUGGAAGGACGGAGGCGAACAUUUCGUGUUCGGCGGGCAUGCGAGUGCACGAGACGGAAAGAGCGAUUCCGAGCAUCCCGGUAUAAUUACCCCCAUUGUGCCCUUAAUGGAAAUUUCAGAGGACGGGAGUGCUUCUGUUGGUUGGUGUCCAGAUUUGUGGCACGGCUCCAAGAAGCCUUACUCACACACACAAAUAUAUAGAUACAUGCAUAUCCUCUAGCUCGAAUCAUUUGCUCAAGUUUAUUUAUGUCACUGGCUGGCUGGAUCCAAAGUCAUGUGUCUCCAUAUUCGUAAAUAAAAUUUUACCUGUGCCUC